UUCAUUAGACGAGAGCCUAACAGUACAUUAUUGAGUGGUGAGUGUUAAUUAAACCUAUUCCUAAGGAUAAAAUGUGUUAUAUUAAAUUUCAUUAAUAUGGUUAAAUCUGAGUUCAACUAAAGUCUCUCCAGCCAAAGUAAUACCUCUGAAGGCAAUGCUCCAGAGAGUGCCCACAUCCCCCAGAUGGACUUUAAACAUUAAAAUGAAAAAUCGCUCACUCAUUUACUGUACUUUUACAUAAUCACUUAUUUCACCUUUCUCCAUAGUUAAAACUAAAUACAUGGCUUUUAUGGAAUAUCAGUUUUACAGUCCAACAUUAUAUAUUAACUUACAUUCAGCACCAUUAUGAUGGGAACUUAAUCCCUGACACUGGUCUUUUAGCCUGAGAGUGAGAGAGAGAGAGAUACAUCUGUGGAUAUAAAUAAGCUGAAAACAAGAAGAGCUGAGAUAGGUAGAGUUAUUUGAGGAACAAUUCAUAAUUAAAAGCUACAGAGUCUGUAAACAGUGUGUGGUGAUGGAUUGGGUCAAGACUGUGUGUUUAGUGCUCUGGGUUUUCACAUUCAACUCAGUAGCAGAUGAUUUAAAGGAACAUGCCCUGAAACUGAUGACUGACACUCCACUUAUAGAUGGGCACAAUGACCUUCCCUGGCAGAUGAAGAGUUUGUUUAAUAAUCAGCUCAACACGGUGGACUUGUACAAACUAAACUCCACACACACCAACAUCCCAAAAAUCAAAGAAGGGCACAUCUCAGCACAGUUCUGGGCAGCAUAUGUACCAUGUAAUACGCAGUACAAAGACGCAGUCAGACAGACCUUGGAGCAGAUUGAUGUAAUUCACAGGAUGUGUCAUAAAUACCCAGAGGUCUUCAAAUUUGCUACUAGCAGUCAAGAUAUAUUGGAUGCCUUUGAACAGAAUAAGACAGCGAGUCUGAUUGGGGUAGAAGGUGGACAUUCAAUUGACAGCAGUUUGGGUACUCUGCGCACCAUGUACCAGUUGGGUGUCCGAUACCUCACUAUCACACAUAGUUGCAACACACCAUGGGCAGACAACUGGCUGGUGGACACAGGAUCUGAGCCUGAAGCACAUGGUGGUUUGUCUGAUUUUGGCAAGCAAGUGAUCCGGGAAAUGAACCGCAUUGGAAUGCUGAUUGAUCUGUCUCAUGUGUCUGAGAAGGUCAUGAAUCAGGUGCUGGACAUCUCUGAAGCUCCUGUUAUCUUCAGCCACUCUUCUGCCUACAGCAUCUGUAAUCAUAAGAGAAAUGUUCCUGAUGAUGUUCUUAUGAGAUUGAAAGAAAAGAAAGGGAUUGUCAUGGUUAAUUUUUAUAAUGACUAUGUAACCUGCCAAAAAACUGCUGACAUCUCAGAUGUUGCUGAUCACUUUGACCAUAUCAGGAAAGUGGCUGGCUCUAGUAUCAUUGGAUUUGGAGGAGAUUAUGAUGGUGUGCCAAGAGUGCCAGAUGGUCUAGAGGAUGUAUCAAAGUACCCAGACUUGGUGGCUGAACUACUUAGCCGUAAAUGGUCAGAUGAAGAGAUCAGAGAUGCUCUGGGACGAAACUUGUUGAGAGUGUUCAGAGAGGUGGAGGAAGUAAGAGAUCACCAGAAUGGAACCAAACCAGAUGAUAUACCCAUCCCUUUUAAAGAAGUUCAAAAUUCCUGCAGGACAGACUUUGGUUAUCAAUAUGCAUCCAGUUCAACAUGCAUACAGUCUUUCUAUCCAGUAGUCUUGGUUCUAACACUACUAAAUAAGUUAUUAUAAUCAACUCCUCGGUGGACUGUCUAUUCCUGUAGCACUGUUUUGGGUUAUGCAAUGGAUUUUUGAUAAAGAGCUGGCCUGUAGAGAAAUUCUGUAAGAAAACACAUUUUAGAGAGUUUAGUUCAGAAUAAGUGUUUUCAGAACCGUAGACUAAAAACAAAAAGAAAUUAGGAAUGUAAUAAUUAAAAAAUGACCACUUUUCUGUGCAGUGCCAUACUGUUCAGUCUAAUGUAUACGGAUGAUAAAAAAAAAUAUUAAAUACAAACAUUUAAUAAAUUCAUUAAAAAAUUAAAGAAAGAAAGAAAGAAAGAAAGAAAGAGAAACCCAUAUAUAGGCUAAUAUUUCUGAGAACAAUUAAUACUUUUUAAGAAAAAAGUAAAUGAAAGGUAGGACCAAGCAUGUAACUGUUUUAUGUGAAUAAAUUUAACCUAAAUUUCGGUCUGUUCCUCACUCAGAUUUGAUGAUUGACUUCAAAGACUGAUGUAUAUGAUCACAGUUGUGUGCUGACAACAUCCAGAGUGUGUCAGUCUUGUGCUGUCUGUAAAAAAAUUAAAUCCAAAAGCUCCACUAGAGGACAAUUGAACAUCCUGAUAUAUUAAAGACUCCUUGCAUAACAACAUAA